AUGCUGAAGCAUGCGGCGCACGAUAUCGCCUCCUCUAGCCAUUUCGCGGACGUUAUACCAGUCGGGACUGAGAACCAUCAGUCGCGGCUCGUCUUUCCCUGCCUUGGCAUCUCUGGGACGAACGAGCUUCAGCUUGAGCUUAAGCGUGACCUCGACCUCGAGUCCCUCCUUGGUGACCAAGGGCGAAGCUACUACCGCACCGAAACGCUGUUUAAGUCCUCAGCUGCGAUCCCUUCAUACGAUCCGUCAGCCAAAGCCAUCCCGCCACACUCUUGGCUUCGCGCCUCCGACCAAAGGAAACGUAACGACGUCACAGACAUCGUCACUGCAGGAUUCGAAAUGGCACGGAGGACACCGAUGCGGCGCCGAGACCAGGCCUUGAGGGAGGCCAGCUUCCAGGUACCGCACGAGAUCGCCAGACUCAACCCUGAUGCCCAGCAGUUCAGGCUCGAGGAUAUGGGCCUCCUGCCAGCGUUCCCCGAAGGAUCAGGGCACGAGCCCCCAUUCGACAUGGAAAGGGACGCGCGUGCCUUCUUGUACUUUCCCAACGGCGCAGCCAAGGCGACCGCCGCCUUCGUGGCUAUCAACGCCGAGUUCAAAUCUCCAGUCAAGCUGCGGAAGGACGGCCCUGUCACACACAAAGCAUCUGAGUCGAACAUGAAACUGCUGAACUCCGGCAUGCUUGGCUGGGUAGUUCAAGCUUACCACUGGAGCUACUACAACCCAGAUGUGUACGGCCGCAUCCAGACCGGCCAGUUGCCGGUUAUCAUCAACUACCGCCAAAUGGCCUGCGGAUCCCUGUACGACAUUGAAGCUGAGAUGUUCCCCGACCCGACAUCAUUCUCUCUUAUGAUGUCCUUGAGCUAG